AUGAGUAUUCAAAUGUCCCUAGUUUUCGGUGCCUUAAUUUUAGAAAUGGUAACCUUAUUGCUGAUGGUAUUACCAUUGCCUCAUCCUGUUAGGGUGAAAAUCAUGGAUAUAGCCACGGUAUUAAGGAACCUGAAAAACUUCAAGAUAGGAUUUUGGUUUACUGUUAUAUUGUUGAGUAUGCAAUUUGCAGAUUGUAUCCAGAGGUUACAAAGAUUCGGUACUUUAGGGAAUCCAUACUUCGCCUUAAACUCCCAAAACAAGCAAUUUGGGACGAUGUCGUACGACCAAUUGGCGUCCAAAUUUUACUCGCAAAGGAAUUUAUACAUAACUGGUGCUGUGUUGUAUUUAAUGCUUGCGAUCUAUACCGUGAGUACCAUUUUGAAGAAAUUGGUCUCUAAGGAAGCUGAAUUCAGACAAUUGUCUGCGAAUGAAAAAGAAGGAGCUUCUAAAAUUGCUGGCGAAGAAGGCGAAGAGUCCAGUGAAGUGGCUAAAUAUAAGAAGUUAAUUGAACAAAAGGAACUUGACAUAGCUACCUUGAAGAAACAAGUAGGUGGAUUGCAAAAGUCCUACGAUGACUUGAAUCCAUCACAAGUAAUUGAUAAGGAUGAGUAG